AUGCCCCCCAACUCUGAGGACCCAGAAGCAGCUUUAGAAGAAAUAGCCAAUGGCUACCCCAACAACUGUGGAGACAAAGAGCCAACACUGACACACUUGUUGGUGGCAGCAGAAGGGAUGGCACUGGAGACACUACAAGAGCCGCUAAGGAAGUUGGGGGAGACGGGGCCGGGCGGGACCGCAGAGGGCCAAGGCGGAGCCGGCUUUGGUAAGAAGUUAACCAUGGCAUUUGAAGAUGAGGCCUUCUACUUUUCGGAGCAAGAGUGGGAAAUGCUGGAGAAGUGGCAGAAGGAGCUGUAUCAGCAAGAAGUGAAGACCAAUUAUGAGACCCUUGAUUCCCUGGGCUAUGUUUUUUCCAAGCCAGAUUUGAUCACCUGGAUGGAACAAGGAAGAAUGCUGUUAAUCAGAGACCAAGGACACUUAGAGAAACCACGAAUGACAUUUAGCCCUUCUACUGAGCAGUUGGACUUGAAUGGCAAGUUGCCAUGUGUUGGUGACCAGGGAACUCACUGGGCAAACAAGGAGGAAUGUCAUUUAAAUGAUCUCCAAGACUGGGGUUCUUGUAGUCCCUUAACCAAGGAGGAAAGGAAGACUUUUUCAGAUGAAAGAGCUGCUUUACAACAUCCAAGCCUCCAGGAAACAGGGAUUUUAUAUAAAAACCUCGACAUCACAGCAUCUAAUCUGGACAAGAACCAUCGAGGGCAUACGCUGAUGGGAAUCCUGGGUCACCUGGAAAUUCCACCAGGGCAGAGGUUUUAUUCCUGCCCUGACUGGACCGUCUUCUGGGGAAAGAGAGACCUGGUGAAGCACAGAAGCAACCACUCCAAAAACCCAUCUGGGAGUUCCCGUCGUGGCGCAGUGCAUGAGGUUGCGGGUCGGUCCCUGCCCUUGCUCAGUGGGUUAACGGAAGCCUUUGCAGAGAGGCGGGUUCGAGAAGAGCUGCUGUCUCCAGGGCAGCCUGCUCCCUCCCUCAGGGGCUCACACGCAGCAGGGGCCCUUGCGGUGCCCCGGUACGCCGUUUUCCUGCGAGGCUUGUGCCAGGGGUUUCACCCAGCAGUGCAAGCUGGCCGAGCACCUCGGAAUGCAAACGGAGGAGAAUCCCUUCCUGGGCUCGCAGUGCGGUCAGAGAGCUUUGCCGGGAAGGCGGCGGCCAAGGCCCAACGGCGGGCCCAUAGUGGCAAGAAGCCCUUUCCCCGUGAGCACUGCGAUAGGAGGUUCACCCACAGGGCCAAGCUCACCGAACAUGCCAGAGCUCACGCUGGGAAGAAGUGCUUCCAGUGCCCUGAGUGUCAGAGGAGCUUCCGCCUCCAGAGCAACCUGCGGGCCCAUCUCUUUCAACGCAGCGGGCAGAAGCCCUUCCGCUGCCCAGACUGCGGCCGGCACUUCUCCCGGUGGAACGUCCUGAGGACGCACGAGCGGCUGCACGGCCGGGAGAGGCCCUUCUCCAGCGGGCGGUGCGGCCGAGGCUUCAUGCGGCGCUCAAGGCUGGGGCGCCACGGCCGGGUCCACGCCCGGCAGAGCGAGUUCGCCUGCGAGCGGUGCGCCAGGACCUUCCCCCGACGGUCAAGGCUGACCCAGCACCUCAAGGUCCAUGCCAGGGAGAAGCCCUUGCCCUGCACCCAGUGUGGCCGGAGCUUCAGCCGCCGCGCGCACCUCGCUGAGCACAGGAGGCAGCACCUGGCCGAGCCCCUCCGCUGCCGCGAGUGCGACAAGAGCUUCUUCUGGAAGGCCUCCCUGAAGCUCCACCAGCGGCUGCACCGGGGUGAGAAGCCUUUCGCGUGCGGGGAGUGCGGCAAGGCCUACCCUCAGCCAUCCCAGCUCACAGAGCACCGGAGGAUCCACAGUGGCGAGAAACCCUUCCAGUGCCCCGAGUGUGGCCAGAGUUUCCGUCUCAAAGGAACCGUGAAGAGUCACCUGCUCCAUCACAGCGGCCACAAGCCUUUCUCCUGUGCAAAGUGCGAGAAAAGUUUCACCCAGCAGUACAGGCUCACGGAGCACAUCCGCGUUCAUAGUGGCGAGAAGCCCUUCCAGUGCCCGCAGUGUGACAAGAGCUGCUGCAUCAGGGAAAGUCUGAAGGUGCACCUGCAUACGCAUAGUGGGGAGAAGCCCUUCAGGUGUCCCAAGUGUGGCAAGAGCUUUCUCCAGAAGAGAAGUCUGAAGACUCAUCUGCACCAUUACCGAGAGGAGAGGCCCUUUGUUUGUACCAAGUGUGGAAGGAGCUUCACGUACAUGGGGGCACUCAGCACCCACCUCGCAGCGCAUGCCAAGGAGCAGCCCUUUAGGCCCUAGGUCACACCUCACAGAAAGCAGUGCCAUCCUUGAGGUGGAGCCAGCAGCCCUGACAGAGGCAGAGUGAAGAAAUCAUCCAACAGGCUUCACAUGCACUGGCCAGGUAGCAGGCAGGCUGCAUCAGUUUCUUGACAAGAGGUUCCAGAUAGUUCAGGCAUAAGGCAAAGAGACACCUCCCCUCUAAUGCUCAUGGGCAAGUCUUGCCAGUCACAGGGGAAACAUUUCAUUCUGUUCUCUUAUUUCAUGAGUUUUUUUCAGUGUCGUCCAAGAGCAUGGUGAUCCGUUUCUUAAAUUCUGAAACCACAGACCGAUGGAAGAAAUGUUACAGACUGAAUUGUUUCCCCUAAAACACACCAGUCUGCCUUCCAUGACCAGGCCUCCUUAUUUAAAUUUGUGUUGAGGGAGUUCCCUUCCUGGCUCAGUGUAAGGAACCUGACUACUAUCCAUGAGGAUGUGGGUUCGAUCCCUGGCCCUGCUCAAUGGGUUAAGGAUCCGGGGUUGCCCUGAACUGUAGUGUAGUCACAGAAGCCGCCUAGAUCCUGCAUUGCUGUGGCUGUGGUAUAGGCCGGCAGCUGCAGCUCUGACUGGAUGCCUAGCCUGGGAACUUCCAUAGUCUGUACCUGCAGCCCUUAAAAACAAACAAACAAACAAACAA